AUGUCACAAGCCCUAGAAGCUGACGCGCAGCUGCUCGCAGCGCUGGCCGCGCAACUGCACGGAUUGGAGCGGCCGACGCUCGCCGUCGGCGGCCGUGAGAUGGAUGAUCCAGCGGCUGCCGUGCCGAGCAGCGAGGCCGCCGCCGCCGUGUGCGCCGCUGGGGCCAUUGGCGAGAUCGUCAGCGGUCGCCCGAGGCUCGCGCGCGCCCUGCUGCGCGCUGCGCCUGGCACGACCUCGGGGUUGGUCGGACUGCUGCGGCUGCGGCGGGGCGACACGUACGCAGCGCACGAGGCCCUCAACGCCCUCAAUUCCCUUGCCUGCCCUGCCGUCACCGGCGGCGGCCGCUCUGGCGACGGCGGCGGCGACGGCGACGGCAAUGGCGACGAGGAAGCGCAGGACUGUGGCUGGGAGGAAUGCCUCGCCGUCGUGCUCAGCCCCGAGGUGGCAACAGAGGCGUUCUGGGUGUUGCGUGCUCUCGGGCCGACGCACUGCGGGACACCAAGGGACGCCUUAGACCAGAGCAAGUUUGCGUUGAUGCUUGCCAUACAGACCCUGAGGGAUUGCUUCACCCAGCAAGGCGCCACAUGCCCCGUCUCGCCGGCCGCCGCGGCCGCCGCCGCGCUGCCGCUGCUGGUGGGGCAGCCCGCGGUGGGGGCGACAGCCAUGUUGCUGAUGUUUCCGAGCCCCAUGCCCGCGCCCAUGAUGGCGGCGGCGGAGGGAUACGCGGCGAUUGCGCUGGACAUGCCGGGCCAUUGCCUUCGGCAGGGCUGGCGGCUGAGCGAUUCCAACGCAGAGUCCUCUGUUGUGGUCUUCAACGCUCCGUGGCCCGUUGUCCGCUACCUCCUGCAUUGCGACCUGGAUUGGGAAGACGCCUCGGCUGUUGACGCCCUGGUUUCGCGGGCGCCCGACCUGCCUCGCGCCGCGAGCGCCGCGCUGCAAGUGGCAGCCGCGGCCGCCGGCCUCCUGCCGCACCCCUUCGGCCCGCUGGCCACGGCCGCCGCGUGCCGCGCGGCCGCGUGCGCGGCGGGCGGCCCGACUGACAGGAUGCAGGCGACGCUGCUGCUGCUGUGGCGCCUGCUGCGCAGCAACACGUACCUCCCGCUGGCGGCGGCGCUGGACACCUGCGACGCCGCCUGGCCCGCAGCCCAGGCCGCCGCGGCGCGGCACCCCGACGAGGCCGUCCGCGAGGCGGCGGAGUGCGUGCUGUGCGCCAUAGCGAUUCACACGGCCAAAAGCGCGGCUGUGGUGGCGCUGCUGGCGGCGGCAGCGCGCCUCGGCAUCGAGGGCGCGGGGGAGGUUUUGGCGUUGUUCCGACAAUUUGUCGCCGAGCCCGACCCCGCGAAUCUGCACCAGGCCCUGACAGACCUCGUUUCCACCAACGACGACGCGGACCGGCUGCGCUCUGCGGCCGACGCGCUCCGCGCGCUGGUUCCGAUCGGCUGGGCUGCGCCGCGCGCCCGCACGCUGCAGCUGGCGCACUGCGGCCGCCUCAUCGCGGCGCUCGUGGCGGCGCAGGACCCAGACCGCGCUGUAACAGACAACAGGACACUGCGCGUCCAGCUAGCCAGCACCCUGAGCGACCUCCUGGGGGCGUCACCCGACGCGGUGACCCUGGCAACCGCACCUCCCAGCGGCUGCGACAGCCGCAGCGGUGGCGGCGGCGGCGGUGGCAAGCGCUGCAUCGCGGAGCUGUAUCUUCUCAACCUGCAGGCCUGCUCCUGCCUUAUCGCGGAUUCGGCGGGCGCAGAGCACGACGAUGCGGCCGAGUCGGCUGUGCUGUACGCAACUUCAGUAAUGAUGGGGCUCACGGCAAUUUUCAGAUGGGGGCCCGGCUGCCUGCCAGGCGCAACCGUGGCAGCUGCGAGGCGCACGGCCGGCGGGGCCGCGGGCAUGGCGAGGGCCUUCGCGUGCAUGCUUAAGCCGCGUCUGGCACCCCGUGGCGGCGGCGAGAUUGGCUGCUGCAGCGGCGGCGGCAGCAGCAGCAGUGUGAGAGGCAACAGCAGCGGCGGCGAGAGCGGCGAGAGCGGCGAGAGCGGCGGCGGCUUUAUCUCGGGGCUGUACGCUUUUAUACGGGUGAUGCUCUGCAGGGUCUUGCCCCUACUGGUUGAAGACGAAGUGAUGUCACAAGCCCUAGCAGCUGACGCGCAGCUGCUCUCGGGGCUGGCCGCGCAGCUGCCCGGAUCGGAGUGGCCCGCGCCCGCCGUCGGCGGCCGCGAAAUCGCUAACGCAGCUGCGACGACGCCGGAGACUGGGAACGUCGCCGCCGUGGACGCCGCCGGGGCCAUCGGCUGGAUCGUCGGCCGCCGCCCGAGGCUCGCGCAAGCACUAUUGCGCGCGGCGCCUGGCGUGGUGCGCGGCUUGGUCGGACUGCUGCGGCUGCGGCGGGGAGACAUGUUUUCAGCCUACGAGGGCCUCCUUGCUCUUCAAGCCCUUGCCGGCCCUGUCAUUGUCGGCGCCGUGGGCGGCGGCGGCAAUGUUGAGGCGGAGGCCUACAGCCAGGAGGAGUGCCUUGCCGUCAUGAGCUGCCCCGAGGUCGCGGCAGAUGCGUUCUGGGUGAUACGUGCCCUGGGGCCGACCCACUGCGAAACACCAUGGGCCGACUGUGACAAGAGCAAGCUUGCUUUGGUGCUCGCCAUUCAGAUCCUGAGCGAUUGCAUCACGCAGCAAGGCGCGACAUGCCCGGUGUCGCCGGCCGCCGCGGCCGCUGCUGCGCUGCCGCUGCUGCAGGGGCAGCCCGCGGACUGGGAAGACGCCUCGGCUGUCGACGCCCUGGUUUCUCGGGUGCCCGACUUGCCGCGCUGCGUGAGCGCCACGCUGCAAGUCGCAGGCGCCGCCGCCGGCCUCCUGCCGCACCCCCUUGGCCCGCUGGCCACAGCUGCUGCGCGCUCCGCAGUCGCGUGCGCACCCGGCGACCAGACCAACGGCCUCCGCGCGGUGCUGCUGCUGCUGUCGCGCCUGCUGAACGGCGAGACGCUCCUCCCGCUGGCGGCGGCGCUGGACACGUGUGACGCCGCCUGGCUCGCCGCCCAGGCCGCUGCCACGCAGCACCUCGACGAGGCCGUCCGAGAGGCCGCGGAUUGCGUGCUGUGUUGCAUUGCAAUCCAGACGGCCGACAGCGCCGCUGUGCAGGCGCUGCUGUCGGCGGCGGCGCGGCUCGGCAUCGAAGGCGUGGGGGAGGUGCAGGCGUCCAUCGACCGGUUGGUCGCGGAGGACGACGCCGAGGACGACUCCACGAUUCUGGACCAGGCCCGGCUGGGCAAUCUGAUCCCGGUCAUGGAGCGCCUGGCGGACGCCGCGGCCGGCGGCGGCGCGGAGUCCGAAGAGCGUCUGGCGGGUGUCUGCGACGAGUGGGGCGAGCCGGAUUGGGAAGGCCUUCGCGAGUGGGCGGCGGCCCGGCGGCGGCGGCGCGAGCUGGAGAGGGCCGGGGUCGAGGGCGGCGGAGCAAGCAGCAGCACCAGCACCAGCAGCACCAGCAGCAGCAGCACCAGCAGCAGCAGCAGAGGCAGGGACAGCAGCGGAGGAGAGCUGGCUGCAAACGGUGGCGGUGGGGAGCAGGCAGCAAGCGGUGGUGGUGCCCUGCCAGCUGCAGCGGACAGCAGCGGCGGCGGAUGCACGAUCCAAUCGCCCACGAGCGGCGACGGGCUCCAGCACCCUGCCAGCGGCAGCGGCGACCAGCAGCAGCGCGGCCGCCCAGGGAAGGCGUGCGCAGUGUGCGGCGCGGCGGGGGCGCCAGGCGGUGCAGUGCUGAAGAAGUGCACCGGGUGCCUGGCGGUGCUGUACUGCUCUGCGGCGUGCCAGACCCAGGACUGGAAGCGGGCGGGCGGGCACAGGACCACUUGCAAGCAGCUGCAGGCGCAGCGGGCGGGGUUGCCAGCAGCACAAUCACGGGCCAACACUUGA